GGCAACGGCCAGGGCAGUGAAGCGACAGUCAGUGUUGGUGCCGGAGGCUUCCGCGUUCACUGUUGGGGCUGGUGCGCCGCGUCAGGACGAAGGGCGGCUUCUGUCAGGCUCCGUCCGUUACGGUGGGGAGGGGAGAGGGGGGCAUGAAGCUGUGAGGGGCCGCGAGCCGAAGGGAGCGGGGAAGGAGAGCGGCCGCAGGCAGGCGAAAGGAAGAGGAGGAGGAGGCGCGGAGCGAUGUCUCAGCCGCCUCAGCAACAUCCGCCUCAGCAGGAGCAGCAGCCGGUGGCCGCGCCGGUCUCGAAGAAGAGGGACCGGCGGAUCUUCUCGGGGACUUGCCCGGACCCCAAGUGCCAGGCGCGGCUGUUCUUCCCGGCGCACGGGCCUCUGAGCAGCGGGAGCAUCGAGUGCACGGACUGCGGGCAGCGCCAUGAGCAGCGGCAACUGCUGGCGGUGGAGGAGGUGACGGACCCGGACUUGGUGCUGCACAACUUGCUGCGGAACGCGCUGCUGGGGGUGAGCGGGGCGGGGCCCCCCAGGAAGAACACCGAGUUGGUGAAAGUCAUGGGCCUGUCCAACUACCACUGCAAGCUGCUGUCUCCCAUCUUGGCCCGCUAUGGCAUGGACAAGCAGACGGGCAAGGCCAAGCUCCUGACCGAGAUGAACCAGGGGGAUGUCUUUGACUGCGCUCUUCUGGGCGACCGUGCCUUCCUAAUUGAGCCUGAGCAUGUUGACACGGUAGGGUAUGGCAAAGACCGCUCUGGCAGUCUUCUCUACUUGCACGACACCUUGGAGGAUAUCAAGAAGGCCAACAACAGCCAGGAGUGCCUCAUCCCGGUCCAUGUGGAUGGGGAUGGCCAUUGCUUGGUGCACGCGAUCUCCCGGGCACUGGUGGGCAGGGAGCUGUUCUGGCACGCUUUGCGGGAGAACCUCAAGAAGCACUUUAGGGAGAAUCUCAGCCGCUACAAAGCCCUCUUUCAUGACUUCAUUGAUGCGGCAGAAUGGGAAGACAUCAUAAACGAAUGUGAUCCUUUGUUUGUUCCUCCAGAGGGUGUACCAAUGGGCCUUCGAAACAUCCACAUCUUUGGAUUGGCCAAUGUGCUGCACCGGCCCAUCAUCCUUUUGGAUUCCCUGAGCGGAAUGCGUAGUUCAGGAGACUACUCUGCCACUUUUCUACCUGGAUUGAUACCAGAAGAAAAAUGCAUGGGAAAAGAUGGCAUGUUGAACAAACCUCUCUGUAUUGCCUGGAGUAGUUCUGGCCGUAACCAUUAUAUUCCUCUGGUUGGGAUAAAAGGUGCUGCUUUGCCUCAAUUGCCUAUGAAAUUACUUCCUAAAGCUUGGGGAGUACCUCAGGACCUUAUUAAAAAAUACAUCAAAUUGGAAGAUGAUGGUAGUUGUGUAAUUGGGGGUGACAGAAGUUUGCAAGACAAAUACUUGAUGAGGUUGGUUGCUGCCAUGGAAGAGGUUUUCAUGGAUAAGCAUGGCAUUCAUCCCAGUUUAGUAGCUGAUGUACAUCAGUAUUUCUAUAGAAGGACUGGUGUAAUAGGAGUUCAGCCUGAAGAUGUCACAGCAGCUGCUAAAAAGGCAGUGGUGGACAACCGCCUUCACAAGUGUCUCAUUUGUGGUGCCCUUUCAGAACUUCAUGUUGCUCCUGAGUGGUUGGCUCCCGGAGGGAAACUGUAUAAUUUGGCAAAAAGUACUCAUGGCCAGCUAAGGCCUGAUAAAAAUUAUAGUUUUCCUCUUAACAAUUUGGUAUGUGCCUAUAAUCCAGUUAAGGAUGUACUUGUACCUGAUUAUAACUUGAGUAAUUUGACUGUCUGUAACUGGUGCCAUGGAACAUUGGUGCGUCGUGUCAGAAAUGAUGGUUCUGUUGUGUAUUUGGAUGGGGACAGAACUAAUACCAGAUCGACAGGUGGUAAAUGUGGUUGUGGAUUCAAGCAUUAUUGGGAAGAUAAGGAAUAUGACAAUCUCCCUGAAGCUUUCCCAAUUACUCUUGAGUGGGGUGGGAGAGUGGUGAGAGAGACGGUAUACUGGUUUCAGUAUGAAAGUGAUCCUUCUCUGAACAGCAAUGUGUAUGACGUUGCAAUGAAACUUGUUACCAAGCAUUUUCCUGGAGAAUUUGGCAGUGAGAUUCUUGUCCAGAAAGUUGUCAAUACCAUUCUACAUCAAACAGCCAAAAAGAACCCUGAUGAUUAUACGCCUGUAAACAUUGAUGGUGCUCAUGCCAGAAGAGUUGAUGAUGUGCAGCAAGGACAAGACUUGGAAUCUCAACUUCCAACCAAAAUUAUUCUUACUGGUCAGAAAACAAAAACAUUGCACAGGGAAGAGCUAAAUAUGAGUAAAACUGAAAGAACUAUUCAGCAAAACAUUGCAGAACAGGCACCUAUAAUGCAGAAACGCAAAACAGAAAAAUUGAAACAAGCACAAAAAGUGCCACCUAGAACAUCUUCCCCAGGUGCUGUUCCUGAUGGGCCAUCUUCUGCACCUGCUACACCUAUAAAGACUCCUUAUUCCCCAACAUCUACGAAAGAGAAGAAAAUACGCAUAACAACAAAUGAUGGGCGGCAGGCCAUGCUCACUUUGAAAUCCACAACCACAUUUCUAGAACUGCAAGAAAGCAUCGCUAGAGAAUUUAAUAUUCCUCCCCAUUUGCAAUGUAUUCGAGUUGGCUUUCCUCCCAAAGAGCUUUUGCCACCCAAAGAAGGGCAGGAAAAUGAACCUGUUCCUCUACUGCAUGGUGACAGAGUAACUAUAGAGAUUCUCAAAGGCAAGGAGGAGAGCAGCCAGACCGCUUCAGUUCACUCAGCCCAUGCUGUGAAACUUGAUGAUGUUGCUGUUACUAGUAAAAUAGCUUCCAAGGAAAUCCAAGAACAAAUCGACAAGGAAAUGUACUCUCUGUGUCUUCUAGCAACAUUUAUGGGAGAAGAUGUCUGGUCUUAUGCAAAAGGACUUCCUCACUUGUUCCAUCAGGGUGGUGUGUUCUACAAUAUAAUGAAGAAAACAAUGGGUCUGGCUGAUGGUAGGCAUUGUACUUUUCCACACUUGCCUGGUAAGACCUUUGUGUACAAUGCAGCAGAAGAUAGAGUGGAACUUUGUGUGGAUGUUGCUGGGCAUUUUCCUGUGGGCUCCGAUGUUGAAGACUUGGUUAAGGAGGCCCUAAGCCAAGUGCGAGCAGAAGCUUCUUCAAGAAGCCGGGAAGCAAGUCCUUCACAUGGACUCCUAAAGUUGGGUAGUGGUGGCGUAGUUAAAAAGAAGUCAGAGCAACUUCACAAUAUAACAGCAUUUCAAGGGAAAGGCCAUUCUUUAGGAAGUGCAGCUGGUAGCCAAUCACUUCAUCAAAGAGCUCCACUGUCAAGAAAGCAAAGCACAAGCACAGACUUCAGUCCAAGUUCUGCUAAAUCUGAGUCUUCAGUGUACACAGGUGAUUCUGGAAACAGUGAGCUAAUACGGAUAGCUCCUGGAGUAGGAACCAUGAGAGACAGCAGGCAGCUUGAUCCUAAUUUGAUUGAGGCACAACGAAAAAAAUUGCAGGAAAUGGUAUCUUCAAUUCAGGCUUCAAUGGACAGACACAUGCGUGAUCAGAAUACAGAGCAGUCGGCGACACAAGACUUCUCUCAAAGGAAACUGGAAGCCGCAAGUUCAUCUAUUAAAACAAGGAGCCCUCAGACUGGUUUGUCUGAAUCCUUUUCUUUAUCAAGUGGCAGCGGACAUCUGAAUGCAGAAACAACUGACAGUAACAUGUCAAAUGCAGUGGGAACAACAUUCUCUACAAGAUCAAAAGCACAGAAGGGAAAUUCUGUGGAAGAGCCUGAAGAGAUGGAUAGUCAAGAUGCAGAAAUCACUAAUACAUUUGAGCCAAUGGAUCAUUCAUGAAUAGAAAACAACUGAUAAAAUACAAGAGAUUACUGUGCAAAUGUAAUGUUUGUUGGCUGGGCCACAUAAGAUUAGUAACUGAAUCUUGUAUGUUUCAAAGAUUAAAUCUUACUCAUUGCAUGAUAGCAAGUGUGUGAUAGACAAUAGCUUUUAAUAUGCCAUUUUGUUGCCCAGGUUAGCUCUCAGUUACCUGUAAAUUAGUUAUUAGAAUAUGCACUGGGAUGAAUUAUCUGCUGUAGAUGUGGGUUCUUUUUUUUUGUAAUUUUAUUUCUGUUAAAGUCUUAAUCCUCCAGCCCAUGUGAAAUCAUUAUGCUUCAAAGAUUAAUAUGUGAAAAGAAAAUCUGACAAAUGUAGUGUGUUGGUUCCAGCAUAAAGAGGCAUUCCUUUAGAUCUGAACACUUUGCAUCCAUUUAGAUUUCCAGGUUUCUCAAAAACCCACAUAUAUUUAUUGAGAUCUCUUUAAAAGUUGUAUAUUUGAAGAAUGAUAGGGCAAAGUGCUAUAUAGUAUAAGAUGAAUCUAAAGCAAAGGUGAUGCAACAAUGCAUGGCCAACUGAGCCAGCGCAGCUUUUUCAUUGCCCUGUUGGCUAGUGAUUGCAUGUUUAAUUUUGAGCUGGUAAAGUACUAUUGUGUGCUUUACAUUGCAAAGGCAGUAGUAUGCAAGUAUUUUAAGAAACUGCAGCAGGCUAAUAAGGAAUUGCUUUUUGUGCAGGAAGAUUUUGAAAAAUAACAGUUGGUUAUCAGUGCUGGCUAUUAACACUUUCUAAGCAUGUUGGAUUAAUGGAAUUUAACAGAACUUUCAUCAGAUUUUCAGUGACAUAGUAACAGUUUCUUUUUGACUCCCUGAAAUGGGAAAUCCUUAGUGUUUCGCUUUUAUGCAAGACUUCAUGCAUCACUUUGAUUAAACUGUCAUCCACUUAAACAGCAUAUUCAUCAGAGCUACAGUGCUAUUUUUUAAUAAGCAGCCAUAGUAUUUGCUCCGUAAAGAUAGAAUAUUUAUCUUGAUACUGAUGUUGCACUUUUGCCUCUUUGCUUAUUUCUAUUUUAUGUGCAUUAUUACUGCUUCAUCUAAUGAAAAUAAACUUGAAACAGUAAACAACUUAUAUACAGAAGAGAUACUGAAAAGAAAUCUGAAGUGCUUAGCUAUUGAAGCCAGUGUUUACUCAACAUGCAAGUUUUACCUGGUCCACAAAUACUAAGUUUGUAUUAAUGUUUAUAUUCUGAAAAUAUACUCACACUUUCUGCAGUUAUAAUCACACAGGAAACCUCUAAGCAAUGCUAUGAUAAAAUGUCCCAACUAAGGGAAGGUUUAUUUUUUAUAUGGGAAAUUAACCGAAGGUAAAACUGCCUUGGUUCAUUCAACUAUAUUAAUCCUUUCAAACACCCUUUUUGCUUUUCUCAUUCAGGGACUAAAUCUUUUGUUAUCUCAUGCACUGCUUAUAUAUAAAACAUACAAAUACAACUUUCAUAAAUAAAUGAUUCCAAAUAUAUAGUUUUGCUGCUUAAUUUGGUCAAGAAAUGAAAUAUGUGAUGUAAAUAGGUAAUUCUAAAAUUGAUCAUGCCACACAGAACAGGAUACUUGAGGCGGAAUAUAAAAAACCACUGUAACUUCUAACGAACGCACAACCAGACUUGUGGCCGUAGCCCAAAGUGUUAUCCAUUUGUAAGGGAUUGUGCAGGGGUGGGUGAUAUUGGACUUUCUGGCACAGCAAUAUCCCAUGCCCCAGUUUAAAAGGUAGCUUUUAAUAUAUUAUGAGAUGGCUUGUGACACAAACCAGAACCUAACUACUCUUUCUCUGACCAUAUGGAUAUCUGCACUGGAUAUCUAAAUCCUGAAAAUUCAGUUAAUAUCUCUGGCUUCUAUCACAUAAGCUUGGGAAAUCCAGUAUUUUUGGAAAUAUUAUUGUGGGGGAUUUAUAGCACAGAGCUACAGUUUCCAGGAUUCUUUGGAUGAGAAUCAUGGCCACUGUUAUCUUAAAAUUGGCUUGGAUUAUAGGGUUGAUAAACAGCCUGGUGGUUUGAUAUUUUUCUUCUUAGUUUGGAAAUACUGUACUUUGGUGGUUUUUCAUUGUGUGCAAAGGAGGAUAAUUGUCAACAUCCUUUACUCAAAAUGCAUGUAUAAAUGAGCAAGAGCUGUAAAAUUGGGAAGGCAUGGGUGAUUUUAUAAUUUAAUGUGGUGGUGUGAACUAAGAGUUAAGUACAUCUUUUCUGUCCCUUGUAGAAAUCCUUUCUCUUGAGGAAUUGUGUUAUGACUCUUCAUUUUUCCCUACUCAGAAAAUAAAAAUACAAAGUUAUUCACUUUGUAUUCUUGCCCUUGUGUGAUGUGUUGAAAAGAUGUUUGCAAUGCUGUUUGUAAAAUGAAAAUAGUAGUAAAGGAUUAGGACAGGGCUGGGAAAUCUGUGACCUUCUAGAUGCCAUUCAACUCAGUCCACCCCAGCCAGCAUGGCCAAUAUUCAUGGAAGGCCACAGGUUUUCCCAACCUGGCUUAGGAGUGUUAUGAAAAAAUACUGCUGUAGCUGUAACUAUGUUGGGGAAGCGUUAACAUUUAAUUUUUUAUAUUGCAAGUGUGCAAUGUAGGCUUAUCUCCAUCAAAGUUAAUGGAAUUCAUAUGCACAAAUAAAUGGUGGUCUCAUUCACUUUAAUGACACAUAGUUGCCACUAACAUGAUAUAUUUCACUUAGUGAGCUUAAACACAUGCAACUAGUUACAGGAUUGCAGCUUCAGCAAGUGAUUGAGAGUCCUCUACAAAAUGAAUUUCUGGAAAAUCUCAGAUGUGGCAUGGGGAUGCCUGAAGUGCAUUUCCUGUAGACAUUUCAAAAUUCUGUCUCUUAUUAUUCACCAAUCGUCAGGCUUUCUGAUGUGUGUGGGUCUAAAAUUUGACAGUUGAAAGGCCAUGGUUUUAUUUCAAACACUGUUAAGUAGGUCAGAAAAGCUUGUUCUUGAACAGCAAGUUUAAUGUAUGUAUAUACAAAUAUGAAUGGGAAGUGAGAAUACAGUAGUAGUAGCGCAGCAGCACCAAUACACUGGUUUACUCAGGAGGGAGUAAAUUAUGUACAAUCAGAGAAGAAAAUUGAAGAAGUAAGUGCAUUCUAGAAAUUUCUAGAAUUGCUGCAUACUGAUUUGCUUUCCAUUAGUAGUAUUUUAGUGGGUAUACAAGGUGCACUUACUACAUUACUGUUCUAUAUUUCUCUGGAGAGUAAACCGUUGGAUGUUUCAGCUUUAAAAACUUAAUUAUUUCACAACUGAAAAAAUGGCUUGCUCACUUAAUUUCACUUUUGAAUGUUCGUUGUAGUAUACUUCUACCCAGCUAAAAAAUAAAGUAGCAAGAUGUAACAAAGUUUCUGAUUUUUAAAAAAAGAUCUUUCCCCUUCUUUGCCUGUAUAAUGUGUUCCUCUCAUUUAGCUUUAAAUAAUCUACAUUUUCAGUUGAAAUUGACUUAUUAUAGGGGCAGUAUUUAGUUGCUGUGUUUAUGGUCCAGACAUGACGUCUAUUCUCUGCUUUAGUAAAGAUCACAGAAGACCAUUGCUGCAACUGUAUACUAACAAUGCUAUAGAAAGGAUGUAUUUUCCAAAACCAAAAUGGCUUUUUUUCUGAAGGGACAAAUUUGGGUAUAUCUGUAUAAUGGAGGGCUUUGAUGACUGCUCUUCCCUGUGCGCAUGCAACCCACCUAGAUUUCAUAUGAGCCAACUGUGUGUGAAUUAUCCCCGAUUUCCACCAAUUCUAGUGGAACUCAAUUAUGUGUAUGCUUAGAAUUCAGAUCUAUGCUACUUUUUCUUUGGGUCAGUUUGACAUGCUGGAUGCUAAUCAGACUGUCACAACCUCAGUUAGGGGACUGACAUUCCAGCAAAAAGCUUUAUUCAAUAUAUACUUGUGAAUAUCCCAUAGUAUCUUACAUUUUAAAGUGUUGCAUUUAAAAUACUUUAAGGCAGCAUUCCAACUUUGCCCCUAUGAUUGUAGUAAAGUUAAAAGACUGAACAGUGAUUCAUAUUUUUAGAUUUUAUUUUAAUGAAGGUUAUUGCCAGGAAGAGAAAUAGUGCACUUUUGGAAGUAAUUGAGUAAAAAAAAUAUGUAUAAAUAAGCAUUAGUACUGUAUAUAUUUAGGAAACCUUUGAAAACAGCAAGUGCUUUACAAAUUGAAUACAAUUAGAAUAGUAAUGAUACCAUGUUCACAAUGCUGGCUGUUCAGCACACUCAGAUUUUAUUUGUGAUUGCUGUACUAAUUUGAUUUUUUUUUAUCUGUAUUGUAUCAAUAGUGUAUUAUAACAGUGUACUAUAUUACACUUUAUUGUACAGUAUUUGGGAUUUUAUUUGAUUGCUAUAUUAAAAAACAUAAGCUAAACAACUUUUUCUUAAUUUCUAUACCAACAUUAUUGUUAUUAGUACGGUGGGCAAAGGCCAGCUUUUUCUGUCUUGUCAGAGCUAACUGCUAUGGCUGGGUGGAAGUGAGCCACAUGCUAGCAGCAGCCAUUGGUUUUUACCCAGGUUUUCACCUGAACAGAUCUGCAAGCUGUUAUUCCAUAAUUGUGUCCGUGAAUUUAUUUUUUAAAAUCAUAUUUCACUUGUUACCAUCUGGGUCCCAAAGCAGCUUAACAAAAUGAAAAUAUACAAAACAUUAAAAACCUACAUUACACAUCUGAUAUUAAAACUCCAAAACACACAACAACAACAACAACAACAACAACAACAACAACAACAACAACCUAGCAUUAAUGGUGUAAAGGCCUGGACUAAAAAUUUUAAACCAAACAUCCAGAACAUAUUGUGGAUACUGCCUGCCUAAUUUAUAGUGGGAGUAAAUUCUGUAGCUGGGGACCCAGGUGGCGCUGUGGUUAAACCACUGAGCCUAGGGCUUGCUGAUCAGAAGGUCAGCGGUUCGAAUCCCUGUGACGGGGUGAGCUCCCGUUGCUUGGUCCCAGCUCCUGCCAACCUAGCAGUUCGAAAGCACGUCAAAAUGCAAGUAGAUAAAUAGGAACUGCUACAGCGGGAAGGUAAACGGCGUUUCCAUGUGCUGCUCUGGUUUGCCAGAAGCGGCUUUGUCAUGCUGGCCACAUGACCUGGAAGCUAUACGCCGGCUCCCUCGGCCAAUAAUGCGAGAUGAGCGCGCAACCCCAGAGUCGGUCACGACUGGACCUAAUGGUCAGGGGUC